AUGUCGCGUUACGAUGUGGUAAUUUACGGAGCAACUGGCUUCACUGGAGCUUACAUUCUGGAAUAUCUCGUAUUGUCGCCCAAAUAUGAAGGUGUCUCGUUCGCAAUUGCUGGAAGAAGUGAGAAAAAACUCAAGGAGGUGCUCGAUAGCAUUUCAGAAAAGACUGGUAAAGAUAUUCGAAACACUCCAAUUAUUGUAGCAGAUUCGGCUAAUGAGGAUUCAUUAGCGGAAAUGGCAAGGAAAGCAAAAGUGAUUAUUAAUGCAGUCGGUCCAUAUCGUCUUUAUGGAGAAGCUGUUGUGAAAGCUGCUGUCGAAAAUGGCGCGAAUCAUGUCGAUAUUUCGGGAGAACCAGCGUAUAUUGAGAAAAUGCAAGCAAAAUAUUCGGAAUUGGCAAAGAAAAAUGGAGUUUAUGUGGUGUCUGCAUGUGGCUGGGAUUCUAUUCCGGCUGAUUUGGGUGUCAACUUCCUCAAGAAAAAUUUUGACGGAGAUUUGAAUCAUGUCGAAUCUUUCGUUCAACUGAACACCGGCCCAUCUGGGUAUUCGUUCAAUGCUGGAACUUAUCAGACAUUGAUCCUUGGAUUGAAUGGUGCUGCCACUGAUCGCCUCGGAGCAGUUCGAAAGCAAAUAAUGCCGGAGAAAAUUGUCCGCGGACCAGUUAAAGUCCCGAAGCGUGGAAAUAUGUGGGAGAUCAAGGAAAAGGAACUUCAAGGCUUCGCGCUUCCGUUCCCCGGCGCCGACAAGUCAAUCAUCAAUAGAUCUCAAUAUUAUGAUGCUACAGUGCGCAACGUUAGGCCGAUUCAUAUGGAAACUUAUAUCCGUCUUUCGUCAAAAUUCUGGGCUGUUCUUCUCGGAUUAUGGGUCACUCUUCUCUCGAUUUUGGUCAAAUUCUCGUUCACGCGCAAGAUUCUUCAAAGAUAUCCGGAUCAGUGCAGUUUCAACAUGUUCAAGAAUUCCGGACCAACUAAACAGCAAAUGAAAGAAGCCUCAUUUACGUAUUGGUUCUUUGGAUAUGGAUAUCAAGAGAAGAAGCCAAUCGAUGAGCAGCACGAAGGAAAGCCAAACAGAAGAGUCGUUGCCACUUGCAAAGGGCCAGAUGCCGGAUACAUUGCAACCAGUGGAUGUGCUCUUUCCUCAGCGCUUACUCUCAUUCGUGAUACUCAGCAGUUGCCAAAAGAAGGUGGAGUAUACACAACUGCUGCCGCUUUCGGUAAUUCGCAAAUAUAUGAUUAUUUGGAGAGUUUCGGAAUCAAAUACCAAAUCGAAUCUGCGACCAACCUUUAA